UCGACCACUUUCACCUCCACCACAACACCGCCACAAUGUCGAGCAAAACGAAGUCGAAGCCCGCCGGCAAGAGCGGCGCAGGCCGAAGCGCCAUCGAGGAUGUCGUCGCGCGCGAAUAUACCAUCCACCUGCACAAGAGAGUCCACGGCGUGCAAUUCAAGAAGCGGGCACCGCGAGCCAUCAAGGAGAUCCGCGAGUUUGCGACCAAGUCUAUGGGAACCACCGACGUCCGCCUCGACCCCCAAUUGAACAAGAAGGUGUGGGAGUCUGGCAUCCGCGGUGUGCCGUUCCGCCUGCGAGUCCGGAUAUCGCGAAAGCGUAACGACGAGGAGGGCGCGAAGGAGAAGCUCUACAGCUACGUGCAGGCUGUGAACGUCAAGAACCCCAAGGGUCUGCAGACCGCUGUCGUUGAGGAUACCGCAUAGAUGGGUCGCUGUCGAAGAGCGAGAGGUGGAUGGAACCAGCAUGAGACAUCGGAACUACUCCUAUUCCAAAACGUCAUGUGGCUAUGCGCUCUGAAGAAGAGCUGCUUGGCCAUGCUUCCGUAGCCUACGCCUCCAGCGCAAAAAUGUUCUUCGUGUCCAACAUCUCUUCACUUGGA